AUGGCCAGAGCAAACGCUGUUGGAAUCGAUCUUGGAACGACCUACUCGUGUGUCGGAGUCUUCAUGCACGGCAAAGUGGAAAUCAUUGCCAAUGAUCAAGGAAACCGAACAACACCUUCGUAUGUGGCCUUCACUGAGUCGGAGCGUCUGGUCGGCGAUGCCGCUAAAAAUCAAGUGGCAAUGAAACCACACAACAUUGUUUUUGAUGCGAAACGUCUCAUCGGUCGCAAGUUCGAUGACCCAGUUGUUCAAUCAGAUAUGAAGCACUGGCCCUUCAAAGUCGUCUCGGGCGAAGGCGGUAAGCCAAGGAUUGAGGUCGAGUACAAGGGAGAAAACAAGACCUUCACUCCCGAAGAGGUCUCUUCGAUGGUGCUCCUCAAGAUGAAGGAAACCGCCGAAGCCUUCCUGGGACAGACGGUCACGGAUGCCAUCGUCACCGUCCCGGUUUACUUCAAUGACUCUCAACGACGGGCCACCAAGGAUGCCGGCACCAUUGCUGGAUUGAACGUGCUCCGAAUCAUCAAUGAGCCCAUUGCUGCCGCCAUCGCUUAUGGAUUGGACAAGAAGGCCGCUGGCGAGCGAAAUGUUCUCAUCUUCGAUCUUGGAGGCGGUACCUUCGAUGUGUCGAUCUUUACCAUUGAAGAUGGAAUCUUCGAAGUCAAGUCUACGGCUGGAGACACUCAUCUUGGAGGAGAGGACUUUGACAACCGAAUGGAGCUGCUCUCCGACUUCUUCUCUGGCAAGGAACUCAAGAAAUCGGUCAAUCCCGAUGAGGCUGUUGCUUAUGGGGCUGCUGUUCAGGCUGCUAUUUUGUCUAAAGUAGAUGAUUGGACUGUUGAAAUUCCCCAUAGUUUUGAGGACUUUAAUGAAGACACACUGUUUGAGAUGGGUCGUGCUUACGGAAUUGAGCACUUGAGCCCGGCUGUCUUUUCCCGCCGAUGG